AUGUCUUCCAAAAAAGUGAGACCAAAUCCUGUCUUCCAGGAGCUCGCGGAGAUACAGCGACACACUGAUGUAUGUCCGAAUCCACAAGACUCCGAUUUCGAAACCUGUCGAACAAAGAGAGUUGAUGGCGGGAGAUGCAGAAAUCGCCCUUGUAGGAAGAACGAAAGAUGGCACAUUCCUAGUCUGUUCCUUGAAUUCCAGGACAUGACAGAAUGCCCUGUCACUGAAAGUUUUCACGAAAAAAUGAAAACCUUUGUCACUUAUACACAUUGUAAGGGGAGACAUCGUGACAGAGCCCUCGACGCUUUUGAUAUGUGGAAGAAAGAACGUGUCAUCGAUGGAUCCACUUCAAAACAUCAAUCAGAACCAUCUGUUCAGUCAAUCGAAACGUCGACUAUACAACCAAUUACGGCAGCUGCACUACAACUUCUCCCCUCGACGCCUGCACGAUCCAUAGCAUCUUCAGAUUAUGCGGCAUCAGAUGAUGGCAACUCUUUCGUUGAUAGCAUUACGGAGACUCGUUCACUCAGUAGCAAUACGACAUUAAUGAGCUCUCUCCCUACUACCCCCUUGCGUAAUGGAACCAUCUCACGAUUUGACAUGGAAGAUGUCACUGAGGAAGAAUGUGUUACUGAGUCUAUUCAUGGGGAAGACGUUUUUAUCGAGGACAAUAGUGAUGAAGAGAGUGCCGAAGGAGAUGCUGAAGAUAUCAUUGCUAAAGAAGAGACUAUUCGAGACAAUAUCAUCGCCCCCGAUAUAAAGCAAGAGCAUCAUGCCGAGAGAAUGAGAGACUCUAUAUUUACUAGCGGCAUAAAUGAUACCUCAUCUGAGAGGGAAGACAACGAUGGGCGAGAAGACGAUGAAGAGAGUGGAGACGAUGAAGAGAGUGGAGACGAUGAAGAGAGAAGAAACGCAGUCAUAAAAGGGCUUGGCAUUAUCGGGAUUCAGCGCACCAGGUCAAUACGAGACCACUCGCCAGUAUUUCAAGUGAUCAACAGUCAUCCUACACACGAGAAGAUGAAAGAAGGCGUUGUAUACAUCCUUGAACAUAAGAAGAACUCUUCACUCUUUAAGAUUGGGUGGUCGAGUAAGAGCGCCAAGGAGAGACUGCGCCAACCUAAAAACUGCUAUGGAAUUAAUACCAAAAUUAUUUACGAAACGAAAAGGUUCGUCGGUGCCCCGCAGGCCGAGAGGAUUGCUCAAGUCAUACUCCGACAUGUCAACAUUCGUGUUUUAGAAUGCUUCAAAUGCCAAGGAGGACACAGGGAGUGGUUCGAGGCACCUAGAGAAACAGUACGCGAGACGGUCAUGCACGUUGAAGAGUUUCUCCAGAUGCCCGCAUAUACUCUGCAGGACAAGGUAUAUAAGUUGUCACCAGAAGUAUAUGAUCGCGUAGUCAAGCAGAUGUGCGACUUUUCAGUGGCCAGAUUUGGAGAACUUAUGCAUGGGCCAGGGGAAAAGGGUGAACAAGCAGAGACUUCGGUCGACGGGUUGGUCGACGCCAAAUUGAUGCCUCCAGCUCAACUUACAGACGAACCGGCUGAAAUGUCUCGCCCCAACACUAGGGAUGAACUUUCAGAGAUACAAGAAGCCAAGCAAAGUUUCGUUUCCACUUCUUCGCACGACACCAAGUCGCAAGACUUAUCCGCAGGGACCAAGCUGAUGAGGAAAGUGAAGUGGUUCUUCUCAAUCAGUGACUCAGUCAGAGCUUAUUUUUCUGACCUUUAGAACUAAAGCUUAAGCCGUUUGACGAUACCAAACCACCAUUUUGUUCAGGCCCUUUGUGGAUUUGAGACAAGGUGCGUGAAGGCAGCACAAAGACAAGGC